AUGCCUCCUAGCAGCGCCGACAACAGUCAGCAGCAGCAGCAGCAGCAGCAGCAGCACCCCAAUAAAAUCCCCGCUGCAUCUUCACUUGUACGCAACCGCACCGCUUCUGCAGCAGCAGCAGCAGCAGCAGCAGCAGCGACAGCAGGAGCAGCACAGGCUGCAGCAAUUGGCCGCAGCAGAAUACCGAGGCUUUCUGAUAGACAGCAGCAGCAGCAGCAGCAGCAACACCUGGAAGAGCAGCAACAGCAGCAGCUCUCCCUGCAGCAGCAACAUGUACAGCAGCAUGCGCAGCAGCAGCAGCAGACUCUGCUGCAGCAGCAGCUGAGCAACGUCUCCACACCUAAUCGCCCCCCAUUAGUUAGAGGUGCUGCAGCUGCUGCAGCUGCUGCAGCUGCUGCUGCUGCUGCUGCGUUUGCUUCUCCAGAGGGUUCGGCAGAGAGAACAGCCGUGGCA